AUCACAGUCCGCCAUAUCCUGAAUACAUGGAAAUAGUCCGUAAGCCAUGGCAGCUCCGGUACGGCGGCGCCACCGCAUCAGCGUCAGCAUCAGCAUCAGCCUCAGCCUCAGCUGAAUAUCAACGCGGGCUCCAACAUUUAUCUUCUUUAUUCUUCAUCUUCCUCAUCUUCAUCAUCCCUCGCAAUGUCGCGCCCAACUCAGAAAGAACCACGACUCGCAAGUCCGCUCGGCGGCCCGCAUGUUCUCUUCGAUGGCUCGCUCAUCAUCGAGUUCCUGCAGCCGGCGCCCGAGCUGGACGCGUCUUUUCUCUUCCGCGCGACAUAUGUUGGCGGCCACGAGUUGAUCAAGGCAGGAAAAAAGCAUCCUCAGGCCCCUCCCCUGCAUAUCCACUUCAGCCAGUCCGAGUCCUUCAUAAUUGAAUCGGGCGCUAUCGGCACUACGACGACCUAUGACUGCAUUGACAGUGUCCAUACCCCAUCAGCAAGCCAUCUCCAGAGUGUUCCUCGAAGAGGCCUUUCUCCGCCUGUCCCUAGCCGGACCGUAGAUGGCGUCACUGAGAUUCGACCCUGGCUGCCGCAUAAUUUUUGGCCGGUCGCCCCUGACCACCCAUUCUGGUCAACUGAAGAGGGACAGCAAUACGAAGCCACCCUGCCGAACGGCCGCAAUACUGACACGACAGCCCUUAUCUGGGGCCAUCCCAGGACCGGCGGUGAUACGGCCACUGGGAAACUGAAGUCGGACUUUCCACCGGAUAUGGAUGGAGCGUACUUCCUGGCUCUCCUGUCCUUCGUUGAUGCCAUCAGUGCACAGCGCGUCGCUAUGAAUUUGAGUACAGCAGCAACAUUAUUUGGCCUCCAGACGGAGAGUGAUUCGGCGGCGGUCAUCCUCGCACCGACAGCUUGGUGGCUUGGGCCACUGAGAUGGAUGAUUCCGUGGUCAGCACAAUGUGCGAUGGAACGGGUUCGCAAGAUUUGUGGUGGGAAGGACAUUGCGAACGUGGUGGAGGAUAUCAUUGAGGAGCAGGUGGUUAAGCGGCAGUAAUACUCUACUAUAGUCUCACGAUAACGCCCUUCUUAAUGGAUUUGUCUAUAUACCACGCAGUAGCGGUA